UGUUCUGGAAGAAAAUCGGACUGUGUCUUUUCAAAGUCUCACUGAUUCCACCGACAUGAAAACAAGGAGUUCUUGUUUAAAGAGUUCUGUGGAAGACAUUCAUGAACCAAAGAAGAUGUGUAAGGCUUUCCAGGAUAUUUCUACAUACUUUUCUGAGGAGGAGUGGGCGAAACUAAGCACAUGGCAGAAAAGUGUCUACGUGUAUAUGAAAAGAAACUACAUCAGAAUGACGGCCCUAGGGGUCACAGUCAACCAACCAGUUUUCAUGCGUUGCAAGCAACAGGCCAAAGAAAUCCCGGUGGAAUGUAUUGAAGUUCAUGGCCAUGAGAGAGCUGGCGACAUUCAGGUAAAUGUCUGGAGUAACCGGUUGAGGAAAAGGAAGAAGCGAGUGAUCCAUGACUAGAUCAGGGAUCCCAAAUAG